AUGUCAAUUGGUAAAAUGAACGAGUUAAAAGUGCAUAGUGAUGAUUGGAACUUAUAUGUAGAAAGAUUAGAACAGUACUUUGUGGUGAAUAACGUUCCGGCGGAUAUGCAAGUACCGACAUUAAUUACCGUUAUGGGGGCAGAAGGGUACGAAUUACUAGUUAAUUUAUGUACUCCAGAUAAACCAAAAUCAAAAUCGUUUGCUAAAAUAGCGGAAAUAAUGCAAAAACAUUUACAACCCAAACCCAGCCCAUUAACGGAACGAUACAAGUUGCGUAACCGGAAACAAAAGGACGGUGGGAGCAUCGCAGACUACGUAGCGAUACUUAAAAAAAUGUCGAUCGGAUGCGAGUUUCGAGAGGGUUUAGAAGAAAGUUUGAGGGACCAGUUAGUGUGUGGGGUCAGGAGUGAAGCUAUUCGACAGCGUUUGUUCGCUGAGGAAAAGUUGGGCUUCGUAAAAGCAUACACCUUAUCCAUGAGCUUUGAAGCAGCGGAAAGAAAUGCAGCGGUAAUAGAGGGACAAGAUGUACAUGGGAAAGUGACGGCAUCGGCGCAGUGCUCACGGUUUGAAACUGAAGAAGGAGAAAUGCGCAUUUUUUGA